AAAUAUUAAUGCCAAUUUAUAAUGAAGUUUGGGAGGAGGAAGGUAAGAUCAUCAGUAUUCUGUAGAUUUCAUGUUCAGAAACAUGAUUAAUCUCUAAACUUUGACUAAGAAUCACGUUAAAUUAUUGGACAAUCUGAAAUUUGAGUUUGUUGAGUACAAAGUAAUUUCACAUUCAAUCAAUAUUAUAGGCAAAUCAAUUGUUAGCUUGUCAUCUAUAUGACAGAAUGGCCCAACAUUGCAAGAAUCAAUUUGGUCUUUUCGAGGAUUCUUAUGUGCCUGAAUGUCUUGAUGCUAGAAAUUACUUUUAAUUGUGUGUAAGAAUGAACGCAUCCUAUGGUUUGGCCAAAAAGUAUUUCCCAGAGUAAAUCACUUAAUUAUUUAUAUCUAGAUACUUCUUAACUAAUGAAUAUUCGAGACCAAACCCAAACUUUAAGGAAUUAGGACUUUGAAUAAGAAGAAUAAUUUAUCAAGCAUAAAAUUAAAUAUA